AUGGGGCAUAUACUUGCUCUCCAAGUUUACCUCUUGCCUUUUUCUCCAUGGUAUAAACUUGCUCCUCAAGUUUAUUCCACGCCAGCUCAGCAUCUUGCGUUCACAUGGUCUCUACCACUCCGCAUGCCUCCUGGUUCACUCUCUGACACACACUGCCUCAACAACUACUUCAACGACUACAUUUGGGCAGCUGGUUUUACUGCAGCUAUACUGAAGAAACGUAGCUCCACCAUAAACACGGAACCAACCAGUCCAAAAAGCCAAGAAGAAGAGGCUUCAAAACCACAAAAGAAGGAACCUCUAGGAAUCGAAAACAUGAUGCUAUCAUCUCUAGAGAAACUCUUCCCCAUCAUCUUAAACAUCCCAGACGUCAACAUGAGACUAACGAAAAUCAUCGAGAAACUCUAUGAGAACCAUCCUCCAUGCCCUCAGCUUUAUCUUUACAGCUCUGGGGAUAAAGUUGUUCCGUCCAAAGAGCAGCAAAAGAUUGGAAGAAAGAUACAUUCUUUCAGUUUCAGGUCGUCUCCUCAUGUCGACCACUACCGGAACUUUCCUGACUUGUACUCCUCACAGCUUCACAACUUCUUACAAGAUUGCUUCAAGCAAACAAAGCAGCAUCAUCAAGCUCUGUGAUUUUGGAACAUAGCAGACUUUUUGUAAUCUGGUUUAUCUGUAUAUGUCUCACUGUUAUACCAUCCUUUAUAUAUUAAAGGAGAAACAUUGUAAUAAAUGCGUUCAUACUAAACUAGACACAUAUCACGUGUAAAAGCAUUAUAAUAAAUGCGUUGACACUAAAAUUGACACAUGUCACAUGCAUAGAGCUUCUCAUCCAAACUCUACAUAAAUAUGUUCACACUAUGUACUUUACUUUUUUUUAAUAUAAAACUCACAUGCAUGGUUCUUCUUUACAUUAUUUUUACUGUUUGCAAAUAGAGCUGGAUAAAUUAUUCAUAAAUUUUGAUUCGAUUCGUUAUCUGUUUUGAUUCAAACCGAAAAAUCCGGAUAUUCGUUACUCUAUGAAGCAAAUCAAAUACUGAAAUGCAAUAUCCAUAAAAAACAAACAAAUCACAAAUAUCAAUAUUUAUAGAAACGGAUAUCCAAUUUGAUCAGUUAUAUGCAUAUAUAUAUAUAUAUAUUUAAAUAAUUAUGUGUAAGUUAAAUAUUAUAGUUUAUAUAAAUUUUACAAUAUUUUGUUUUAAAAUAAUUUCAUUUUAAGAAUUUUAUUUUUCAUUUAUUAUUUUAAAUUUAUUUUUUAAUAUUAGUUAACAGUAUCUUUAUAUACUUAUCAACCAUCUUUAUAUACUUUUACAUACACAUGCAUGUACACAUUGACGUGAACACCUUAUAACUAAGUAUUUACCACAACUGAAAUAUCUAAUUUUUUUGGAAGUUAAAAUUUUCUUUUCUUAAUGUUUCUUUCACUAUCGACCAAAUUGUAAUAAAAUGAUUUGUCUUAAUAAUUUUCUUUUCUUUUUUAACUAUUAUCCGUUUAGAAACUAUAAUAUAAAACCAUUGGUUCGACAUUACGACUAUCUAAGAUUUAUAACAUGAAAACAAACAAAUAAUAGUAAAUUUUGAUUAUCACAGAAAAAAAACUCAAAAAAUCAAAUAUUUUAACCGAACAAACUAAAUAAAUAUUGAUUUAAAAUGAUAGUUAUAUUUUAGGUGAUUAAGAACCAAAAAA